CCGCUCGCCGGGACACGCCGGACGUUGCGUCACGGGCGGCGGAGGCCGCCGGGAGCCGGGCCGGAGGUGACGCCGGACGGAAGCGGGGCUGGGAGCGGGCCAUGGAGGCGGUGGCGGAGGAGCAGCGGCAGCAGCUGCGCAGCCUGCGGGACUUCCUGCUGGUGUACAACCGCAUGACUGAGCUCUGCUUCCGGCGCUGUGUCUGUAACCUCAACUACCGGCUGCUCACCGGGCGCGAGGAAUCCUGCCUCGACAGCUGUGCCUCCAAGCUGGUGCACUCCAACCACCGCCUCAUGCGCUCCUACGUGGCGCUGAUGCCGGGCAUCCUGCAGCGCCGCGCGGCCGAUUCAGCAUCCCAAGACCCGGCACUUCCUGCAGCCCCCCCCGACCCCCCAGCGGCUCCCAGAACGGGCACAUAGCAGGUGGGUGGCCCCAGGAUGGAUCCAGCACCGGGAUGGAUCCAGGCCUGGCACUGGGCUGAGCCUGCCCACACUGAGCCGGAGCUCAUGCUGCUCCGGACCUGGCCAUGCGGGUCUGCAGCCUCCAUCAGGAUUGGGAGCCUCCAUCAUUAUCAGGAGCCUCCAUCGGGAUCAGGAAUCUCUCAGCAGCUGCCAGGAGUGUCCAGUGGCAGCGGGAAGGGGACGGCAGCGCCGGUGCCUCCAGUGGGGGAUUCCCAACCAGACUUGGUGCUGGUGGCUCCGCGCUGGGCUCUGGCUCCAGCCCCAGGCCUUGGAUUCUCAGGAGUGUUUUCCUCGUGCUAAUAAAGAGUCUCAUCCCCAA